CUGCAGGCUGAGCUGGACAGCAUGUCACCAAAGGUGCCUCUGCUCCUGGGGGUCCUGUUCCUGGGGCCCCAUGUCUGCAGCUGGAACUUCGAGGACAUUAGUAAAACCAUGGAUUACUUCAGCAUCUGUGUGGAGUUUGCUGUGUUUCACUUCAACCAGCAUCAGCCAGAUGAGUACGCUUACAAGCUGCUGUGGGUGGGGAGGAGCCAGCGCAAGAAGUUCACGUGGAUAUAUUUAAUGGACCUGAAGCUGGGCCGCACGAUUUGUAAAAAGCAUGAUGAAGACAUUGACAACUGCCCCUUGCAAGAAGGCCCAGAGAAGAAAACGGCAAACUGCACUUUCAUUGUGGAUGUACGACCAUGGUAUACCCAGUUCAACCUCCUAAACAGCACCUGUGAGCAGAAAUAGGUGAAGAUGCUCCUGGCUUUCCCAGCAGAUCCUCUUCCUCUGGAGACUGAGGGAUGGAGUCCUAGGUCUGCAUGGCCACAGGGACAUUAAAGGCAUC